CUCGCCCCAAUCGACCACCAACUCACGAAAUCCCUGAAGCGGAAGCACCCGAGGAAAUCAAAAGGAUUCGCCAACAAAAAUGUCGGGCCGAGGAAAGGGAGGAAAGGGGCUAGGCAAGGGGGGAGCCAAGCGUCACCGUAAAGUUCUCCGAGACAACAUCCAGGGGAUCACAAAGCCGGCGAUCCGACGGUUGGCGAGACGAGGAGGGGUGAAGAGGAUAAGCGGCCUCAUCUACGAGGAGACACGUGGCGUCCUCAAGAUCUUCCUCGAGAACGUCAUCAGGGAUGCCGUCACCUACACCGAGCACGCCCGGAGGAAGACGGUUACUGCUAUGGAUGUUGUUUACGCCCUCAAGCGACAGGGCCGAACCCUCUAUGGAUUUGGGGGUUGAGGGUUUUUACUGUUAGAAGAAUUUGGGUUAAAGCCUAGUAGUGUUGUUUUUAGUGCUUGGAAUUAAAGCGGUUUGUUUAGGCUUUAGAGAUUAGCUAUGGGAUUUUACUGUGGUUGUUUGUGUCUACCAAAUCGGGAUGAGGAUGAAUGUGGAAUUAAAGCAGUUUGUACUAACUUGUUUUGGUUCUUGGCUCAAAUCUGCGAUCAAGGAAUGCAAUUAUCGCUCAAUCAAAAGUGCGGUGGGAUUGGAAUCAAAGCGUAAGGGUUUUGUGUCUUGGAAUGCAAUUAUCGCUCCAUUUGUUCAUCAUGGUCUCGCUUAUGAAGCGGUUCGAUGUUUUGAGGAUAUGGAACAAAAGUGUUUCAAGCCGAAUGAUGUAAACUUAGAUUGCUUUCAGUUUGUAGUCACUCUGGUUUGGUUGGUGAAAGGCUUAUGUUUUGUUU